AUGAUUGCAUCUGCCAGUGGAUCUACAACCCCCGUCUCCCCAAAGGCAAGCGGUUUUACCUUGACUGAAUAUGCAGCCGGUCCGACCCCGCUCUCUGAGCCUUCGCCACAAAUCCCUGGAGUCCCCCGGGAUUGGGGAAUUCCAGAUGCUUUCGUGCUUCCUAAUGGAUAUCCUGAUUACCUCCGAUUGAUAUUGACAUCACGCGUAUACGACGUUCUCGAAGAAACUCCCCUUCACCAUGCCACUAACUUGAGUAACAAGCUGGAGAGCCGAGUUCUCCUCAAGCGCGAGGACUUGCUACCAGUUUUCAGCUUCAAGCUGCGCGGUGCAUACAACAAAAUGGCUCACUUGAACCAGGAGCAGCGAUGGAAAGGCGUAGUCGCUUGUUCGGCUGGCAACCACGCCCAAGGUGUCGCUUUCUCUGCUCGCAAUCUGAAAAUCCCCGCGACAAUUGUCAUGCCCGCCGGAACACCAGGCAUCAAGCACCUGAAUGUUGCCCGUCUGGGUGGAAGCGUCAUUCUGCAUGGAAAUGACUUCGAUGCGGCAAAGGAUGAGGCGCAUCGUCUGGAGAAGCAGCACGGUCUCACCAAUAUCCCGCCGUUCGACGAUCCAUAUGUUAUUGCCGGUCAAGGUACCAUCGGUAUGGAGCUAUUGCGCCAAGCAAACCUGGACAAGCUGGAGGCUGUCUUCUGCGGUGUCGGUGGCGGCGGCCUGAUUGCCGGUAUCGGCGUUUACAUCAAGCGCAUUGCUCCCCAAGUUAAAAUCAUUGGUGUUGAGGCCUAUGAGGCAAAUGCCAUGGCCCAGUCGCUGGACAAGGGCGAGCGUGUGACCUUGAAGGAGGUUGGUCUUUUUGCAGAUGGUACCUCGGUGAAAUCUGUUGGUGAGGAAACCUGGCGUGUUUCCAAGGAGGUCAUAGAUGAAGUGAUCCAGGUCUCUACCGAUGAGAUAUGCGCUGCUAUUAAGGAUGCGUUCAACGACACCCGGACUGUUAUCGAGCCGUCUGGUGCGCUUUCGUUAGCUGGUCUGAAGAAAUGGGUAUCCAAGAACCCCAGUCCCGACACCAACCGCGAGCUGAUUGCCAUUACUUCCGGUGCCAAUAUGGAUUUCGACCGACUCCGUUUCGUCGCAGAGAGGGCCGCUCUGGGAGAGCGAAAGGAGGCUCUUUUGAGUGUCAAUAUUCCCGAGAAGCCCGGCGCCUUCGCCAAACUCGUCGAGGUCGUCCUGCCCCAUGCCGUGACUGCAUUCAACUACCGAUACUCGUGCGCUGACUCGGCUGAUGUUUUGAUGGGAAUCUCCUUGUCUGCCCAAACUGGCCCACAAGAUCUGCUUAAAAUCAUGGAGGAGCUCAAGAAGGGUGGUAUGUCCUCCCGGGAUUUGAGUGAUGAUGAACUUGCUAAGCGCCAUUUGCGCUUCCUCGUUGGAGGCCGCUGCAACGUGACAGACGAGCGGCUGUUCAUGUUCGAGUUCCCCGAGCGACCAGGUGCUUUGGCCAACUUCUUGAGGACUCUACGCCCCAACCAGAACAUCUCCUUGUUCCACUACCGCAACUAUGGCGGUGACGUGGGCAAGGUUCUUGCAGGUAUUCAGUGCCCCUCGUCAGAGAAGGCUGAACUCGAGGCGUUCCUCAAGGACUUGGGUUACCCAUUCGUUGAACAGACUGACUCUCCCACAUAUAAGACCUUCCUCCGCUCAUAA